AUGACGACCGAUACCUCUUCCGUAGAUAUUUCUUUUCUGGAGGUUUUCUGUGAUGUUUCUGGUAAGAACUACCGAUUCACGACUGGGACGAAGGCGGAGUUCGCUGUCUCAGUGAUCAAUAGGAAGCUUGGUUCGUUAAAGUCACGAGUGGUUUACAUCGAAGCUGUGAAAGAAGGUGAAGAGGGCAUCAGUUUUGGGGAUGAUGCUUAUCUUGUGAAUUAUGGAGAUGGUUGGAAGUUGAAGACAGUCAUUGAUGCUGACUUUCCUGUAACUGAGAAAAAGAAGGUCGUUUUUCAGCGGAAUUUACCGCAGCAGUUUCCUUUUGUACCAUCAUCAACGAGUUCCAACGGUUUAAAGUCGAGAAGGGAUUUGAAACCAGAAGGUGAAGGAGAACAAAGUCUGAAAUACAUGUGGAGAAUAUUUUUUGCAUUUGUGUUGAUGUUUAUUCUUGGUGGGCUCUUCACUGUGGCUCUAGAGAACCUUCCUAGACUAAUAUUGCUGUUUAACAACGCUUCUUAG